UGGGAGAGUGCCUGAGAAUCAACACAACGCGUCAACGCGCCAACCCUAUCAGUGAAGACCAUAACGUCAAAUGAGUACUUCAGCCCAAAUGACUCCACCAUUGCGAACACACCUCACGGUUUUUGCAGCAGGUUAAGGUGGUGUCGACUUCAGGGAGACUACUGCAGUACUCCAACGUCUCUGGGUCAGCUCAUGAAGCUGCGUAGCUCAGUACGUACCAACCCACCGAAGAGCGUAGAAGACACCAUUUCCAGUUGUAGGCUAUUACCUGGAGAUGUCAGGGAGCUGUUUAUUCACGGUUGCGUCACUGGGCCGGAUGCGUGACUGGCAUUCCCCCAACCAUUCCCCAGAAUACUACCCAGCCCGAUACGCCUGCACAUGAGUGGGCCAGCAAGACGACCUCCAUGCUCGACCCCGACACCACUAAUACCGUCUCCACUAUGAAACUGACUACAAAGGACAUGCUCGACCAGCCGCCGUCUUUUCAGACGACAGUCUCUGGCUCCAGCGCUGCGAGUACACCUGGAUUCCCUGGCGCACACCAUGAAGAUCCUGAAGAGAAGGCAGGCGUAGGAAACGUCGACUCCGGAGAAACAGCUCGUCGAGCUUCGCAGAGUGUUUAAGAUGCUGACCAGUGUGUGGGCGAGAUGGCGGCUCAGUAUCUUCCCAAGAGCGUCGUUGAUACCGUUGCUGGCUAUAUGCGUGAGCAAAUCCUAAAUUUCGUACCCUACUCUUCCAGUUCAGUCUCCCCGUCCGCGCACAUCCUUUGUUUCAUGAUUUCCGCCCUCACUUCCUUUACUUUUGAUCCGAUUAGUGCCCUUUUCGUCUCACCAUACUAGAAACGAGAGAUUCCUGUAGAUGUUACCGUGUCCAUCAGGCAUAUUCUCGUUUCGUCGUAUGUGAUCGUCCAGUGUC